AUGUCGGCCCAGGAACCAGAUGAUUAUUACGACUUCGGUUCCUUCCGCCGACCGGUCACCACCUCCAGCCCUCAGGCUCAACUUUGGUUCGACCGCGGUCUCAUCUGGACAUAUGCCUUCAAUCACGAAGCAGCGGCCAACUGUUUCCAAAAAGCCAUCACACAUGACUCGACCUGCGCGAUGGCAUACUGGGGUCUUGCAUACACCUUGGGUCCCAACUACAACAAAACUUGGCAGUCCUUCGACGAGCAAGAACUCGAGGUCGCCGUGCAGCGUACCCACGAAGCUGUCGCAGAGGCCCAGACGCACGCCACAACCACCCAACCCGUGGAAGCAGCGCUUAUCGCAGCCCUGCAACAUCGAUACCCUCAGAACGUGGCGCCCGAUGACUUUAACGGCUGGAACAAGGAGUACGCUAACGCCAUGGAAUCUGUUUACUUACGCUUUCCCAAUGAUUUAGAUGUGGUGGCUUUGUAUGCGGAUGCUCUCAUGAACUUAACUCCAUGGGCCCUCUGGGACUUACGAACUGGUCAGCCUGCAGCUGAUGCGCAUACUGUGCAAAUCAAGAAAGUCUUAGAUCUGGCGCUGACCCAGGACGAGGCGCUACGACACCCUGGAAUCCUGCAUCUAUACAUCCACUUAAUGGAGAUGUCCAGUGAGCCGGAAGCAGCACUCAGGGUAGCAGACCAUUUGCGGGGGUUAGUACCUGAUGCAGGCCAUCUUAAUCACAUGCCAUCGCAUUUGGACAUUCUCUGUGGUGACUAUCGACGGGCGAUUGCAUCGAACUCUGAUGCAAUUCGAGCAGAUGAAAAGUUCCUUGCCCGUGAGGGCGCAGUCAACUUUUAUACGUUAUAUCGAUCGCAUGAUUAUCACUUCAGAGUAUAUGCGGCGAUGUUUGCGGGGCAGUCGCAAGUUGCGUUGGACACGGUAAAGAGUCUGGAGUCAUCCAUUCCAGAGCAGCUCCUGCGUAUCGAAUCCCCGCCUAUGGCUGACUGGCUGGAAGGCUUUGUGAGCAUGAAGGUGCAUGUCCUGAUUCGCUUUGGACGUUGGGAGGAUCUUCUUGCCCUUGAAUACCCGCAUGACACGCAGCUAUAUUGUGUCACCACUGCAAUGAUCCAGUACGGGAAGGGAGUGGCGUUGGCUGCGCUUGGGAGGAUAGAUGAAGCGAGUCAACAGAGCGCGCUGUUUAAGGAGGCUGUGAAGCGUGUACCUUACAGCCGAAUGUUAUUUACCAACAAGUGUCUGGACAUCUUGGCUGUGGCUGACGCUAUGCUGGAUGGAGAGCUCGAGUAUCGCCGUGGCAACUAUGACGUGGCCUUUACCCAUCUACGGCGAUCUAUCACGCUGGAUGAUGGGUUACCAUAUGACGAGCCGUGGGGGUGGAUGCAACCGACCCGUCAUGCGUACGGUGCGCUCCUGCUAGAACAGGGACAUAUCCAGGAGGCAGCAGCGGUAUACCAGGCUGAUCUUGGAUUUGACGACACGCUGCCUCGUGCGAGGCAGCACCCGAAUAAUGUAUGGGCGCUGCAUGGAUAUUACGAAUGCCUGAACAGACUGGGGCGAACGGCUGAAGCUCAAAUCGUGAAGCCUUUCUUGAAACAGGCAGUUGCAACGGCCGAUGUUUCAAUUAGAUCGUCGUGCUAUUGUCGUCAGGGAAAUGCGGCAUCAUGUACUACGCAAGAAGCUAAACCGCCGGCCGCUCGAUUCUAG